CCCGCCCUCUGCUGCCCGCAGAAACACGUCAGGCAGCGGCUCGCUCAGGAAAUUCAAACCGAGAGGCGUCCGCCACACACACGCAUCUUCCCGCUCCAAGGUCACCGAGCCUGCACAGGACACACACACACACCGCCAUUCCCCGCAGUGAACAGUCAGUGUUGAGGUGGGCCAGUGAUGCCGCCUCCAGCCUCAGGUCCCCUGGCCGAGCCCCCACCUGACGGCGGGUGGGGGUGGGCUGUGGUGUUGGCGUCUUUCAUCUCCAUCGGAUUCUCGUACGCCUUCCCCAAAGCCAUCACGGUGUACUUCAAAGACAUCCAGGUGAUCUUCGACGCCUCCUACAGCCAGAUCGCCUGGAUCUCCUCCAUCAUGCUGGCCGUCAUGUACGCUGCAGGUCCCAUCAGCAGCAUACUGGUCAACACGUAUGGCUGCAGGCCCAUCGUCAUGUUGGGGGGGUGCCUUACUUCCAUCGGCCUGAUCUCAGCCUCCUUCUGCAACAGCGUGGUGCAGCUCUACAUCUGCAUCGGAGUUAUCGGUGGACUCGGACUAGCCUUCAACCUGCAGCCGGCUCUGACUAUGGUCGGAAAAUACUUCUUGAAGAAUCGCCCCAUUGCCAACGGGCUGGCAAUGACGGGCAGUCCGGUGUUCCUCAGCACCCUGGCUCCUCUCAACCAGUACCUCUUCAACCAGUUUGGCUGGAGGGGCAGCUUCCUGAUCCUGGGGGGGCUGGUGUUGAACUGCUGUGUGGCCGGCUCCCUCAUGAGGCCUCUCGGACCGCCGCCCGGCAAGAUCAAGAAGAGCGAAGAGAUCGCCGUCAUCACCACCACAACAAAAGAGAAGCGGACCGCCUGGGAAACGGUCAACAAGUACCUGGACCUGUCACUCUUCAAGCACCGCGGCUUCCUCAUCUACCUGUCAGGAAACAUCAUCAUGUUCCUGGGCUUCUUCGCACCCAUUGUCUUCCUCACGGCCUACGCUAAGGACAUGGGCGUGGACGAGUACUCGGCUGCCUUCCUGCUCUCAAUUCUGGCUUUUGUGGACAUGUUUGCCCGGCCUUCCAUGGGGCUGCUGGCCAACUCUCGCUGGGUCCGGCCCAGGAUCCAGUACUUCUUCAGCUUUGCUGUGCUGUUCAAUGGGGUCUGCCACGUCCUCUGCCCCCUGGUGGAGAGCUACACCGGCCUGGUGGUGUAUGCCAUGUUCUUCGGCUUUGCUUUUGGCAUGGUCAGUUCAGUGCUGUUCGAAACACUCAUGGACCUGGUGGGGCCUCAGCGGUUCUCCAGUGCUGUGGGACUCACCACCAUCAUGGAGUGCUGCCCAGUCCUCAUUGGUCCCCCUCUAGCAGGGAAACUGGUGGAUGUCACAAAAAACUACAAGUACAUGUAUUUUUGCUGCGGGGUGGUGGUGAUUUUGGCCAGUAUUUGGCUCUUCAUUGGGAACUUCAUUAACUACAGACUCUUGGACCGUGAGCGGAAGGCAGCAGAGAUGUACAAACGGACUGAGACGGAAGAUCCAGACAAAGCUCCGGGUCAGAAGGAGGCUGACGGGGAAGCCCAGAAGGAAAAGGGCGAUGAACCUAUGCAGCAGGAAACCAACAUCUAAACCAACAUACCUCACCUCCGGGACGUCCUCACCCUCCACUACGAUCAAACUGAGCUCCCAGCCAGGAGGGGCCUCUGUGUUCCACCUGGCUCUAUUCGGGGUCCUCUGCACUUAUAGAACUAACUGCCAAACAACAACUGUGUUGUAGGAGGCUGUGAGACGUUAUAUAUAUUUGUCAAGGAGCAAUAGCUGUGACUAUAAGAUAAAUAUUAACCACACAGAAACGUGUAACCUAGUAGCAGUUACAGUCAGGAUGUAUGAUUAUAGUGUCUGUGGGAAGUCUUAAAUUGUGUCAACUGCGAGCUAACAUAGCAAAUAAUGGCAGAUAAUGAUGAGAAAAUGUAACUUAUAGUCAGACAAUCGACUCUGCUUCAGAGCAGUUAGGUCUGCUAUAGUUUGUGUAUGGUUAUUUUAAGGUAUCUCCAUUUGUCCCUAAUCAAAUGUUCUGAGCUGUAGCCACAGCCGUCAUUCCUUCAUCCCACUGUUCCUUCCGAUAUCACGUGAAUUUAGCGUCAUGCACCAUCCAACUGAAUCAAAAUGAGAUCCGCUUUCUUCUUAACAUGCUGAGAUCUUGAUUAACAAGAAAAAGGUGAAAUAAAUCAAAACAGUGAACAGGAAUUACUAACUGCAUUCACACUGCAGGUGACUUGGUUUUGACCAUUUUUGUCAAAUUGUGGACAGUUAGAGGCAUGGAUUGUACACACAGUUAAUGCAGAUCAGACUGCCAUCACAGUAACAUGUAAAGAAAGUUAUUUGUUAUCUGAAAUAAUGAAUACAGCCUUUCUCUAAGCAUCAGCCGUGGGGGGCCGUGGGGGCCCCGCUGAUUGUGCUUGUUUGUUCAGCUCUGUAGGAGGUCUGAUCUCCUCGUGACUUUAGUUACGUUUCUCGCAGUGUGAAUGCAGCGUUGGCAAACCCAGCGCACCAGAAAUGAUUGAUCUAUCUCGUGAAAUGUGUUCAGAAAUAUAAUUGCACUGUGUUUAAAACGGCAGUUGGGUGCUGUAAAAUGUGCACUUCCAAAAAAGAACAGCAGAUGUAUUCUGCUGCCCACCUGAUCACCGUAUUGUAGCGCAGUGAGACCUGCACAGUAACCCACUUUAAUACUUUAUAUAGAGCUUCCUGUGAGUAGUCUAGUGUUCCAUGCUGACUCGUAUACAUGUAGAGAAAAGGCUAUACUUCACAACUUUAUUAAAAUGCUGCAUCUAUAGAAAUCUAAUUAUGGUUGAAUGAAUACUAUAUGAAGCUGAUAAAUCUCUGUUAAAUGUGACUCUGUUUUUUGACUGUGAUUAACUUGAAUACUCAAAUGAAAUCAGUGUAGUCCACUCCAUUUGUCUCCUCACAUGUCUAAGUGUUGAUGUCCAUAAGCUAGAGAUAAUGUAACGUGCUGUGACUAAUUCACUCACACACACCAUGUGUAACCACGAGGAGGAGAGCUACUGAUGCUACUAAUAACUGAAUGCUAAUGGAUCUGUGUUGUCAAUCGUAUUGUGUGCACAUGAAUGUACUGGAUGAGCAUAUCCUGUUGCUAUGAAUGUCACAUAUUCUAUCAUUCCACGUGUCAUUCUAAAUGUCAUCCUGCUGUUGUUCAGUUUUCAUCAUCAGCUGUGGUCUCAGACGCAGACCACAUGGGGUCUCAGAUGUCCUCACAAAGCCAAACACAUUUAAAUAACAAAUGUAAUUUUCAAAGCAAUCAUGAACAAACAUGUUAUUGUCCCUCUUCUCUAUGCUGUGAAAAGAUGAAUGUGUAUCCAGAAUCAUGAACAUGGAUGUCCAGCUGUGUUACCAUGUGCUCUGUUCACCUGAGUCUGACUGAGGAUCAGCUGUUUGUCAGGCUGGGUGCUCAGGGUAUCAGGGAGACAUCGUUUGAGAAUAUCUGUCAUUUAUUGUAAAUAAGAUGGUUGUGAAAGAUUUGCACAUGUUUGUUCUCAGUUUAACAAAGUACUUGACUUCUAUGAGCUUGCUUUGAACUGGACUAAGUUUUCCAGUCUUGGUUCUGACUGCUGCUCCAGCAACAUGUGGACCAACAGCUCUCCUCUGUUAGCUUAGCUAUUCAGAAUCAACCUCCCAUAAUGCACCUGCAGUUCACCAGCAUUUCAUACUGAUAUUAGACAGUAUUUUUAAAUCGCCAUGUCUUUACCUUCCUUAGCUUUAGUUAUUAAUAACAUGAAUAACACUUUAUGAAUGUUAACAUGUAUGCUACAUUAGUGUAAAGAGGGACUACUUUACUUCACAGACUCACUGUACAGGGUGCCUCUCACUGAGGCUCUCUACUGAGCAACACUGCCUCCUGCUGGGUCCAAACCACACAGACCAAAGGAAGAGAAGCUUCCCUUCCAACAGAACACAUGAUGAGGGUCCACUGUGUUUUUGCUAUUUAUAUGUUGAGGUAUACAAAUGGAACAAAACACCACCUUGUAACGGUUUGAUGAAAUUAAAGUGUGUACCAUUACA